AUGGCUCUCGGGACUCCAAGAAAAAGCUCUCCAACUCGUCCUGAGGACUCGGAUGAUCUUCCAGAAGCAGGGUUCCCUCAAACGUUGCCAGAAAGAAAUGUCGAUAUCCCGGAUGGAGGUGUCCGAGCUUGGCUGAUUGUAGCGGGCGCUUUCUUCGUCUGGUUCAACUCAUGGGGAGCCAUCAACGCCUUCGGCUCGUUCCAGACAUACUACUCGCUGGAGUUGCUUGCGUCAUACUCGCCAGAUGAAAUCGCGUGGAUAGGCUCCGUUCAGAACUUCCUGGCCUUGUUCGUCGGCUUUCUGUCUGGUCCUCUGUAUGAUGCGGGAUAUGGCAACUAUCUGUUGGGUCUAGGCGGCCUGUUGGACGUUCUUGGAUGGAUGGCGUUGAGUUUUGCGAAGGAGUACUAUCAAGUCUUUCUAUCACAAGCACUGUGUAUCGGAACUGGGUGGGGAUUGAUGUUCACUCCAGCGGCGUCCCUUCCCAGUCGAUUCUUUCAGAAGAAGUUGGCAUUGGCCAUGGGAUUGGCAAGCGCAGGAACGGGCAUAGGCGGAAUCGUCUACUCUGUUGCUUUCAGUCGCCUUUUGGAGCAUCGUAACAUCGGCUUUCCCUGGGCCGUGAGGAUCUUGGGGUUCCUCGCCCUGGUGACAACAGUCUUUUCAUCGGCCGUCAUGAGUGUGGGCAUGGCGCCAUCAACCCGUCGCCGACAGUUCAUCGAUCGGAGUGCCCUGAAACAGUUCAGCUUCAACUCAUACUUGUUAGGCGGUCUACUCACCAUGAUUGGCUUGGCCGCUCCAUACUACUAUGCCAACUUGUACGCCAUCGAGACCGGAUCAACGUCGACCCAGCUCGGAUUCUACGUGGUUACGGCCAUCAAUGCUGGCUCCUUCCUCGGUCGUCUGAUACCCCCUGCCUUUGCCUUGCGUGUCGGUAUCUUCAACACGUUUAUCGUGUCCUACAUGGCGGCGGUUGCCAGCUGUUACUGCUUCAUAGUCGCGCGGUCGACGGCCUCCGUCUUUGCUGUGGCAGCCAUGUAUGGCUUCUGGUCCGGAUCAUUGGUUGCACUCAGUCCGGUCACGAUAAUCCGGAUGACGCCCGAUCCGAAGUUGGUCGGUACCAGAAUGGGAAUGGCAUUCGGAUUGACAGCGAUUGGAGUUCUGGUCGGUAGUCCCGUCUGUGGAGCAAUCUUGAGCYAGACCAAUGGCUUCAUGUAYGUAUGGAUAUUCAGCGGAACAUCGCUUGCUCUGGGAACCGUCUGCAUGAUCCUCUGCAGAUUCUCCCAGACGGGCCUGAUUCUCUUUGUGAAUUCCUGA